AAGUUUGAAGGUACUUAUAGGUUGGCCUGAGGAACACAGUUUGGCCGAGCUUUGGGGACCUUUUGCACGCUUCCAACCUUUUGCAACCUUCCAACUCUACAACAGUUUUGUGCUAUAAACAGUAAAACAUUUUGGUAUUACUUUUACUUUGAAAAAUCAGACAGAAGAGAAAAGCAUCUUUGAAGCCUUGUUAUUCUCAAUCAUAGCCUUAAGCAACAUUUUGGCCAUAUGUUAUAUGCACUUACAUUUGGUCCCUUCAACAGAGGUACAAAGGCCAGGGCCCGGAGAUGAUGUUCUGGCUAAGCUGAUCAGGGAGGACGUGCUGCCAUGUGCCGGGGAUUUGAUUGCUGCCUGUGCCCCAGAAUUUUCAAUGCAAUGGCACCAAUAGCAUUGCCUCUGAAAAAGAUUGAUGAACUCGUUGAUUGGACAGCUGACCAAUUGUCUAAAGAACUGCAAGAUGCACUGUCUUGCAUUCCCGCACUUCAAAUGCGGAGCACAAAUCAUGGACCACAAACUCUAAUUUGCCAUGAUAUGAAAGGAGGCUACAAUGAAGACAGGUUUUUACAGGGAUGCAGUAAAAAUGAUGCAUACAAUUUCAUCCAUUGGCACAGCAUAGACUUGUUUGUAUACUUCAGCCACAGCUUCAUCUCCAUCCCACCUCCCAUGUGGACGGCAGCAGCUCAUCACAAUGGAGUGCCUAUGUUAGGUACGUUGAUCACUGAAGGGAAAGAAGGGGAGGAGCUGUGCACGGCCAUGUUUAGCAGCCUUUCAAUGGUUGAGCGAUGUGUUGCCAGCCUCAUCAAUAUUUCGAGAUACCAUAAGCUGCAUGGAUGGCUUAUUAACAUUGAGAAUAAAGUCAAUCCUGUUGCGAUAGGAUUGGUGUUGGUGUUCCUUCGAAAAUUGCGAGCUGGCAUGAAGACUAUAAGCACGGACAGUUUAGUUGUGUGGUAUGACAGCAUCACGCACAGCGGUGAUCUGCGCUGGCAAGAUGAGCUUAAUGGUCAGAACAGUUGUUUCUACGAGGCAUGUGAUGCGAUUUUCCUGAACUACAGUUGGUCAGUGGACAAAUUGGAAGCAUCUCUAAAUUAUGCCAAAAAAUUACCUCUCCAGAAACAGCGUUCGUCUCUUCUGUUAUGUGCUCCAGAGAAGACUACUCAUGUUAAUGUUCCUGAGCAAGAGAAUAACGACUGCGCAGUUUCCAGUGGCAAUUCACCUCUAAGUAUAUCCGCGUCAUCUGCAUCGCGGGCUAAUGUCAAAAGAAACUAUCCUUAUGACACAGCUUCUCCUCAUGCGGCUCACUCCGAUAAAAAUCUACUCAUGAACUCGAUUGAACUUGAAACAGAAACAGACCUCAAGGAGAAACGUCCGCCACUUACAUCUGGCAAUCUACCAUCAGGAAGCCCUGAAGAAACAAAAGUGUUCGUUGGCGUUGAUGUGUUUGGUCGUAAUUUUUACAAAGGAGGAGGAUUCAACUGCGACAAGGCCCUGGAGGUCAUCAGGCAGCACGGCUUAUCAGCGGCAAUAUUUGCCCCAGGUUGGACACACGAGGUGCUCGGCUGCUCCGACUUCCCUGCGAACGACAUGAAAUUCUGGCGCCUCUUGGGGCCUUACAUGCGAGAGCGCGGCCCUGCCUCCUGGCCCCUGCGCAGCUGCUUCAGUGGUGGCCGCGGUAGAGCUACUUACAGUCAAGGCAAGGUUAUUGACCCAAACCCCUGGUACAACCUGAGUAGGCAGAGUCUCCUGCCUAACCUGAUCAGGGACUUCGGUGAAGGCAGAACUUGUAUUCUGGACGAAACAGAAGCCUUCGAGGGCGGCAGCUGCUUGCUCGUCCAGAACUCUACUGAUGAAUGUGCCCGUUUCCUGUUAUGGAACAACUGUGCGUUGCCUGUGAGCCCUGCACGCGUCGUCAGGGUGGACGCCGCCUUCAGGUGGUGCACCGCUGCUGCUGCUGGGGGUGCCGGCGCGACGCGUGCGCUGCUCAGCGAAAUUGACUGCAGUUUGACGUUGGCCUUCAGCACUGAAGUUUCUGCAGGCGUUGAGGGUCAGACGGACCAGUGGACGUGUGGUCACUGGGACUGCCCAGCGUACGACGGCUUCAUUAACGCAGUGGCCGUGACACUACCACCACGCACCUCCCUCAAGCUCGGCCUGCUCGCGGCGCAGUAGCUCUCAAGCUCGGCCUGCUCGCGGCGCAGUAGCUCUCAAGCUCGGCCUGCCUGCGGUGCAGUAGCUAUACUCGCAGAAACACAAUAUUUUACGCUUUUUUUAAACAGGAAGUGUUGAAUUAAAUCUAUUGGCCGCGCAUUGAGUGUGCGUGAAUUCGUCUGACAGAAGAUUAUGUUAAUCGUCACCUGUGAAUACUGUCUCAAAAGUGCUUUAUUUUGGAUUGCUGAUUUUGCUGCAUGGUGAAUAACAUGCGUCUAUUAUGUCUUAGUUGUUUUCGUAUUUAUAAUAUUAUCUACGUUGUUGUAUAAUUACCGUAUCGUAAAAAUUCAAUCAUGUUUCUUAUUUUACUGAGGUAAUUAAUAUUGCGUGGGAGAAUAUCUUGACGGUACUCGGCCUCACGUCUUAAUUAUCAAUUAAAGUUUAAUGUUUUAUCGCUUGCCGUUGCCUUUGUACCAGAGCCUGAAAUAAUUCAAGUUGUGCUUAUCUGUAACUCAAGCCAUUCAUUCGCUUUUAAUGUAUGUUAAGUGAUAAAUGGGAUAUUUUUUGAUCGCGUUAGCGUUAUAUAUUAUAUUAGAUCAGUGGUUCCCAAACUUUUUCAGGCUGGCGCC